GGUGAACGAAAAAACUUAGUGCUGUCAAAGUCAUUAAUGUAAUUUUUGUAUUUCUCAACGCACAUUUUUAUCACGCAAAGGAUUUAUUGUUGGAGGAUGUGAAUUAAAUUACUCGUAAAAUGACUUAUCCUGUACAAAAUGAACAGAAACCAACGCAGGCUUGGUCGAAUGCAUCAUAAGAGAAAUGUGGAGAAAGAUAGGCAAAACAAAGGCGUGGGAGUCGCGGAGUUUGAAGAGGUCUUGGCUCCAAAAGUUAAAGGCACCCAGAUCAAGGUAGACAAGUUUACAACGAACAAGUGUUGCUAUGUUGCUCCGACGCAUGAGGACUUCGGCCAACUGACAGAUACUACGGCACCAAUUGAACAGUACCAGAAUAUCCUUCAAGAGCAGUACGGGUUUGACCCGUUAAGCCCGCUCAUUCCGGAAACCAUAAACCAACUGAAGGAACUACGGAAAGUGUUGUGCAACACUUCACCGAAAGUAAAUAGUUCGCAAUAUACGUCGGACAAAAAAGUAUCAGCGCCAGACUUCGAAGAAACCACAGAGGGAUCCCAGUGGCAAAAUAUCGAUAAUGCUGAUGAAAUUGAUAAGUACAUAAGCCAAGAUAAAGAUAAAUUGGACUCCGGCCUGUACCUCGCAGAAAACAUCCACAUCAGUGAAAUUCCGAGAAUCAAAAUUAUCGCGAAAAAGUUUUCUCGAUUCAAAAAGAACAAUGUCGAGUUGAGAAAACUCGAUGAGAAGGUGGUUUGCGUGGAAUAUGACGUAUACCUAGGAGAUUGUCUGCAGCCCAGGGAGAAACUCCGAGCAUUCUUUUCUAUUAAACCUACGUACGGAAAUGAAAAUCAAGGUGAAGAAAGCGUAACUUUCAGCCAAUUGCCCAAAAAAGUUAAGAACAACUUCAACAUCUCCAACGAAGACCUUAAAAAACUUAACGAGAAAGAGAUAGAAAUUAUAGAUGGUAAGAUCACAGAAAACAAGACCUAUCUGGAGGACCUCAAGAGAAUCCUGAGGAGGAAGCAAGCGAUUUACGCCAAGAAGAAUAAAACUACAUUGGAUUUGAUGUCGCUGUAUGAAAUGGCGAAGAGAGAAAGCCCUCCUCUAGAUGAUGAGUUCUCCAACACAAAUUUUCUAUCAAAAGCAGAAUUGCAAGAGAUGAAGGAUUUGAUACUGAGAAAAUGCGCGUCUAGCGUUCAUGGCGUUAGUAGAAGGACCGUGAAGAAGUCCCCUGAAGAAUCUAACGAUAUGGGGGUCAUAUCGCAAAGCAUCAUGGCAGAGGUGUGGCGGGAAAGCAACAUAGAAUAUAAAUAAAUUGCGUGUUUUCUGUUU